UUCAUUGCCAGGAUUUGUAACGUGCAGCGGAUAAGCUAUCUGGAUCACGGCAGAACCUUUUCUUGGACAUCUGAAAGGUUGUUUACUUUGUUGAUAAAUGGCUGCUUGUUUGUUAUCACUUGGGAUUGGAUCCUGGUGUCUUAACAGCGGUAUCAUUAGGACGGGGACACUCCCCACUGCCAGUUUUACUGGUAGAAAUAAGUUUAAAUUUGAGCCAAAGGCAUUGGUAGUUUCUGGAAUACGUUUCUCGGGAAAUCUGGAAACAAAGGCAAGCAAGAUCGGUGCCACAAAAGCCUCUUCUAUCGAACUGACUGAACGGGUUUCUACUAGCGCCCAGGUCGAUCAGCUAAAAAAGGCUACAUCUUAUCUAUUCAGGACAAAGUCCGGAGCACUGGUAAACGUUAAAGUUGAAAAGAAAAAAGAAAGCUAUGGUAUCACGGUUUAUGUCUCGUCUUUGCAACUUAGUGAUAAUGACAGCAGACUGGUGAUGGUUUGGGGUGUAUACAGGUCUGAUUCUUCAUGUUUCUUGCCACUGGAGUUCCAAGAUUCGGAAACCCAGACAACAGAAACCCCAUUUCUGAAAAACUCCUCGACCGAUUUGAUGGUGGGGCUGGAAUUUGACGGGAAAGAAUCACCUUUUUACCUAUCGUUUGUUCUGAAAUUCAUGUCAGAAGGUCGUCCGAAUGGCCUAGAGAUUAGGAGCCACAGGGACUCCAACUUUUGUGUCCCAGUUGGUUUCAGUGCCGGUCAUCCGUUGCCAUUAGGCCUGUCUUUUGAGACAGAGGGCUUGUUGAAUUUCUCAUUCUUCUCAAGACAUUCUAAAGGUGUGAUUUUGUGUUUAUAUGAUGACAGCACAACAGAUAAACCUGCUUUAGAGCUCGAUCUCGAUCCAUAUGUCAACCGAACAGGUGAUGUUUGGCAUGCUUCCGUGGAAAAUACUUGGAAUUUUGUGAGGUACGGGUACCGUUGCAAGGAGAAUGCUCAUCUGGAAGAAACUAAUGUGAAGGCUGAGCAAAUUCUUUUGGAUCCUUACGCCAAAAUCAUUACGGAAUCUGUUUCUGAUAGUUAUUAUCUCGGAAGCUUGUUACAGGAACCUGCUUUUGACUGGGGUGACGAUGCUUGCCUUAACAUACCAUUGGAGAAACUUGUGGUUUACCGGCUGAACGUGAAGAAUUUUACUCAACACAAAUCUAGUAAGUUACCCACCAAUCUGGCAGGGACUUUCUCUGGUUUGGCCCAGAAAAUGCACCAUUUGAAAUGUCUUGAAAUCAAUGCUGUUCUGUUGGAGCCAAUAUUCUCAUUCAAUAAGCAAAAGGGCACUUAUUUCCCAUUUCAUUUUUUUUCACCAAUGGACAUAUAUGGACCUUCCAAUACACUUGAAUCCGCCAAUAAUGCAAUGAAGGAGAUGGUGAAGAAAUUCCACAGCCAUGGAAUAGAGGUACUCCUGGAAGUGGUUUUUACCCAUACUGCUGAUUCUGGAGCUCUGCAUGGAAUUGAUGAUGGUUGUUAUUAUUACAAGGGAAGUGCCAAGGAUCUAGAUUCUAAGAGUCUGCUGAACUGUAACCAUCCAGUUGUCCAGCAGUUGAUACUGGAGAGUCUGCGUUAUUGGGUGACCGAGUUUCAUGUGGAUGGCUUCUCGUUCUUGAAUGCUUCGUCUCUCUUGAGAGGGGUUAAUGGUGAACAGCUCUCCCGUCCUCCAUUGGUGGAAGCCAUAGCUUUCGAUCCACUGCUUGCGAAAACCAAGUUGGUUGCUGAUUGCUGGGAUCCCCAUGACAUGACAGCGAAGGAAAUACGUUUCCCUCAUUGGAAGAGAUGGGCAGAAAUCAAUUCAAUAUUUUGUUACGACGUAAGGAACUUCGUGAGGGGUGGAGGUCUUCUGAGUGAUCUUGCAACGCGACUUUGCGGGAGCGGUGACAUAGUCACUGGUGGUGGAAGAGGUCCGGCUUUCUCUUUCAAUUUCAUUGCGAGAAAUUCCGGGCUCUCUGUAGUGGACUUAGUUAGCUUUAGUGGACACAAGCUAGCUUCUGAACUAAGUUGGAACUGUGGUGAAGAAGGACCAACCAAUAAAUCUGCUGUUCUUGAAAGAAGGUUGAAACAAAUUCGCAAUUUAUUGUUUAUAGAGUACAUUUCCCUGGGAAUUCCAGUCCUCAACAUGGGGGAUGAAUGUGGUCUCUCUGCCGGGGGCUCACCUCUGUAUGAAUCCCGAAAGCCCUUUGAUUGGAACAUGCUAACUUCGCCAUUCGGCAGGCAGAUCACUCAAUUCAUCUCCUUCAUGACUUCACUGAGAUCAAGGAGAAGUGAUGUGUUCCAAAGGAGAAGCUUCUUGAAACCCGAGAAUAUCGAGUGGUAUGCAAGUGACCAAUCAACUCCCAGAUGGGAAGAUCCGGCUUCCAAGUUCUUGGCCAUGGCUAUCAAAGCAGAGGCAGAAGAAGAAGAAGAAAACCAGUCAUUAGCUGAUCCAAAGGGCAAUCUCUUCAUUGGGUUCAAUGCAAGUGAUCAGUCUGAAAAUGUUAUCUUGCCUUCACUCCCGGAAGGAAAGGAAUGGCAGCGGUUGGUAGACACAUCCCUUCCAUUCCCGGGGUUUUUCUCAGACAAAGGUGUGGCUGUUGCAGAGCAGAUGCCGGGACUUGUUGUCUAUGAGAUGAAGCCGUACAGUUGCACCCUCUUUGAAGGCAGCAGUCCUAAUGCUUAGAACUAGCAUCUGCCAUUAGUUUUCCAUUCACUUUUUGUGUAUCUAUCUGUAUGGCAUAUUUGAUGAAACAAUCAUGUCCAUCAUAUUUGUAGAUUCUGAUAUAUGUGUAUAUACGUUUCUCUGCA